AUGACAAGCAGAAAAAAGGAUGCCCGUGCCUCGGGGAACCCCUUGGCACGCACGUUCGGCUAUCUAUUUAGUGAGAUUAUUUUUUCUGGAAUGGAGUAUUUUCAAUUCCCUUUUUUUGAUGAAUUUUCCGUAUGUAAUUGAGCCAGAAUGUUUUUUCUUCGUUGAAUUUAUUCCAUGUCGUAAUGCUGACAGCUACACAACUUCUUUCAAGAGGGAUUACCUUCUUGUUCAAUACCUGGAUCAUCAGGCACCUGUCUGAAGCUGAUUUGGCGGUAAAUUCAUCUGUAUUUUACUCCAACUUUUUUUUCUGUCUUCUGGUUAUGUGAGAUUAAAAUCAUGAAAUCCGUGUAAAAUUGCCGAGAAUGGGGUACUCUACUUUUUGAAGAUCGAAAAUUCUUCCUGCUCUCUUUUACUCUCUUUACUUAUUUUAUAAUAUCAGACUUUUCUGACUUAAAACUUGCACGGAAUGAAGAACAGUCGAGGAAAAUAUUUUCUGGUGAAGUUUAGUUUCCCAAUGCAAUCCUUUCCAGCAAUGGCUCAUACUGAUAUUGACUGCAAUUUUUUGCAAUUCUUGCUAGUGUUAUAGUUAUCUGUACUCCAAUUAGUAACUUUUAUUGAGAAAACCAAGCAGCAUUUUUAAGUACCAUUUGGAACGACUGAAUUAUUGCCAUACUUUCAGAAAAGUAUGGCUGAAAGUUGAAAGCAAAUUUCUGCAAAAUCAGAUUAGAGGUGAAUUUUCGAAACAUAUUACCUUGCAAGAAAGACUACCAGAAAUAAUAGAUUUCUAUGAGUGGGUCACAAUGGCUCUAAAGCGAAAAAUAUACAAGAUGGAACAUGGGACACUUCUUUAUACAUUUUAGCCGUUGCACGAAACUUGUCAUGAAUAUGUUGAUGGUCAGAGUCAAGUCCUUUCACGCUUUAAGACUUGUUUGAAGCUCUCUGGAUACAAAACUCGUAAUCUGUUCGGUUAAUUUCCUCUCUGAGAGAAAUGUAUUCCUAUCAAAAGUCUCAGGGAUCUGUGACAUGAUGAAAUUCCCCAAAUGUGUUUAAAUAAAUAUUGGAAUGCUGAUGAUAAGUGGGUUAUACACUAGCGUGUCAUCCCCUCUUGCUUAGAUAAUCUGUGGAGAAGUGUGAUCAUUAUAAUUAAGAUACUACGGUGGUGAUACUAGGUGCUUUCGUUAGUGGGUUCUUCCGGUGGAAUCAUUGUUGUUCAAGAACAUCUAGUUACGAGAAUAUAUCCCAGAGAAUGAAGAAACAGGAAAUGAUCAUUUUUCUUGGAGCUAAGCAAUGAAUUUAUAUCAAAAAUUAGAUCUUCUUCUUUUUUCUGGUGAUGUGCUUUCGAGAUAGCACCAAAUAUCUAGACUUUGGUAUACUAUUUAUAGCUUAUGAAUCUUAUUUUAUUUUACACCUAGAAAAGCAGAAGUUGUUAGCUUAAGAUUCUUGAUUGCCAGCAGUUAUUGAGUUCACAGUCUUUCAGAUAAUGAUUCCUUGUCAUCUGGGAAAAAAGACAACUAAUCUCUGCCCUUUGACUGAUAUGGCCUUUUUUUCCAUUUGCAUUGUCUAUCUAAAUGAAUUCCUGUUGGCUAGUUUUCAGUCAGACAUGUUUCUACUUUGUUGCCAAGUAAUUGUGACAUCAAUGAUAUUUCUUUGUCUAAUCAGGCAGCAAAGACUGCGAUUCAACAUUCUAUGUUUAUCUAAAUUGCUUAUGCUAUGAUUGCACCUAGAUCCUUCUAUCAUAAAAGGGCUUGUUUCUCCUAUUUCCUUGAAUUUCCUCUCUACAUUAUAUUGCUAUUACUGCAUUAUUCUAAUCACGUUAGUAUUAUGUUUUUUCUCUUCCUUGCAGCUGUAUACAAUAAAAUUCCAUGUUUUUAUCACAUUCAUAAUGCUUAGUCGGGAUGGCUUUCGUCGAGCUUGCCUUCGAAUGGAUACUACCUUAUGGUAAUUCUGGUGCCAUUUUCACAGUUUUGACCUUAUUGGUACAUCCAACUUACCAUUUCCAGACAUCCUAGUUGGUUUGUUGUGUUUGUAUAACAGUACUGAUUGCUCCCACUUUUUUUUGAUAACAAGGUAGAUGAAAACACAUUUCCAUAGUAAACGUUAAUGAUGCUUUUAUAACAAAGCUAAACCUCAUUCUUCCUCUAAUUUUUUUUAUUUUCCUCUGAAAAAUUGCAGAGCUAUGUUUUAUGGCUGUUUGAUCAAAUUCAAGUUUUAAUAAAUUAUGUACUAUUUUUUCAUGUCCGUUCUUGACUCAUUUUCAUUCAUUAAAGAAAAAUACUGCUCAACUUUAUUGUAGUGAAGGGGGGGGGAUGGACGCAAAUGCUUCCAAAUUAUUGAGAAUCGCUUGGUGGGCUCCACCUGUUGGCUUACUAUACACAUUUGCAAUUGUCACCUUUUUCUUCAAGUCUCAAGGCCUCAGUUUGCCCGACCCAUUUGGAUGGGCAAUCAUCAUUCAUGGUAAGCUAAUAUUUAGUUACAAGACUUGCAUAGGAAUGAUUUCAUUGAUAUCUGUGUCUGGAAGGUGAUUGACUAGUGGCUACUAGCAAUUAAUGGACCCUAGACAGUGUUAGUGCUUGUCAUUGUUAUUUUUCCGUGUCAUCUAUCUUAUUUAUUUGUGUGGAAUCUUGGUAGGCGCCUUGCAGUCUAUGUUGAUAUAGUCUGAUUAGUGUUCCAAAUAAUAUAGAGCAAAGAGAAUUUUACACUCUGAGAGCAUCUGGCAGUUGGAUACUCCAUACGAGUUGUUAUGUUUGGGUUUCAGACUUGACUGCAUGUUCUCAUAGAACGAGGUUCUCUAUAUUAAUGAUAUUAUUUUUCCUUUUUUUCGUUUAAUUUCAGCUGAUACUUCUGCAAUAAUAGAAUGGGAAUGAUUGCCACCCAAGGAAAUACUAAAACGAAAUCGAAAUUUUCCUUUUGUUUUCUGGUCUUGAACAUAUUCCCUAACCACUCUGUGUCCCAUAAUUUAUUGUUUAUACUUAUUUUGUGAACUUAUGUAGGGUUUGCAUGCAUGUUGGAGCUGUUGGCAGAACCCCUUUACAUUCUUUCUCAGAAUUUGCUUCUUCUGAAGUUGCGGUUGAGAGUUGAAACGAUAGCUACUUUUGUACGUUGUUUGACAACGUAUGUCCUCAUCUUGAAAACAGCUAAUGUGGUAUAAAUAUCAUUUUCUUAUCCAUUCAAUUUAAAUCUUAAUUUAUGUUACCAAUACGUUUCUAUUUUUUUUAUUCUGUUAGUGUCAUUUGGUAAAUGUUCCUUUCUAUAGAUACAAUGCAAAAUUUAAAUUUAUAGUGAUAUCUUAUGAUGAAGUUCCGUUUGAAAUUCAUGGAUUUUGGAACUAUAAAUAUGAAAUUAGCCAUGACCAUGCAUACGAACAACACUCUAUGUGAGUUAAAUUCUUUGACUGUAUUCUGAAUAGGUUAUUUCUUUAAAAGCGAGUGCAGUUUAUUGAUCUAAUUUUUUAAGAUGAUCCAUGUUCAGAUACACUGGAUUUGCGUAAGAUGUGCAGAUUGCCCAGCAAACACGUUAUAAAAAUGGGAUAGACAUGGGAAGCCACAUUGCUUCUUGAUAGAGCGCUCCUUUUUUAUCCUGACCUUUGGUAGAUUCAUUCAGGAUCGGACCUAGAAACGUUUAUAAUCAAAGUGACUUGGGCAUAUGUGUGUUUGAUACUCAUUUUAAAGGCUUUCCAUAAUGUAUUUAUUUUCAGGUGUAAUGUUCAGCAAUGCCAUUACAGCUUGUUGGCACUAUUCACUUUUGAUAAAAACAGUGGGGUCCGUAUUUAUCAAGCGGACACCACUGACUAUUUAGCAUUUCAAUGAGAAACCCUAGGAAAGGUGUUUGCUCUAUAUUAAUGGAGAAAAGAGGAAAAUGAAUUAGUUGGCAAAGUUUUGGAUGAAAUCAUAGUGCAUAAGUCGUUUCAUCAAGUCUCGUGCCUAAUGAGGUCAGGCUAAUGUGACACCUCCAAUGUGCAGCAAAGGUGCCUAUGCAACGGCGGCUUAUGCCCUGUCAAGUUAAUUGUCUUAGUCAUAGUUUAUGCCCGGCACCUCCCUGUGAAUUCACUACCACGAUUAUCAGCAACCGAUAAUAUUUCUCAAAAUUGUCACUUAUAAUGGACCAUGACACUCUCACAAUCACCCAUCACCAUUUACACUGUUCUAUCUUAUUGUUACUGUGAGCUACGCUCUCCCAACUCCAUUAACAUCAUGCACCACCUACCUUGACGCCUAUAAGCUGCAUUACACACUUGAAAACUUCCAAUUGCAACCACUAUUAAAUCCCUGCCAUCAUUCACCAUCAUUGUUGCCCGUCAGUAUGUUGCUGACACCACUAAACUCAUUAAUUAAUUUGCCUAUCUCGGAACUUUGUUUGUAGUGUUCCUUUCUAUUAACCUGUUUGUUAUCGUAUCCUAUUAAAAAAUUUCUUCUAUUUGUUUCAUGAUUUUUUCUAGUAUGGUACAACCUGUGUUAGGUAUUGUUUGUGUGUUCAACUGAACUAUCGUUAAUUCUUUCUGUCAAGACAGAAACGAAGUUUGGUUCAUUAUUUUAACAUUUCUCUUUUGCUAAUUUACAGGAAAAAGGGAUUUUGUUUGCUUUAUCUCAGGUUGCAUACGGCGCCUGCUUAUUUUUAGGCUACUGGGGUUAUUUUAUUUUCUUUCGUGUUGAUGGAAAAUCUCAGAUUUUUCCUUCCAGGUACUUUGUAUUGUCUUCGGUAGCUAAUAUACUCUGAGUCUUUAAAAUUGUCAUUACUGUGCGGAGCACAACGCUUCCAUGUUCUUGGCUUUUCUUCUGUUUUGCUCAUCAUGAGUCUCCAGAUGUGUUUUGUUCAUUUCUACGUGUAUGGUUGUGCCAUGUCUUCAUGUCUUUUCUCUGUGAUUUCCGUGAUAACAUGAUUAUACAUUUGUGCAGAGCCGGAAGCAUGAAAGAUAAUGAUGGCCAACUUUGGUUCCUGUGUUUCUUGUUUACCUGGCAGUCCCUACAAAAGUUUUUCCUUCAGGAAGGUGAAAAAUUGGUUCUCAUGUGGUUUGAUGUGUCCUUUGAUCAGGCAAUAUAUGGGCUUGUGGACAAACUAGGUGAGCCUUACACUUUCCUGGAUGGUACAACAUGUAAAUGUUUGAUUUUAUAUGCAUUUUGUAGAUAAAAUAAGGAUUUUAUUCUUUUUUUAUAUAUAUGUUUUCUUAUCCCGGUGACUUGUGUUUUCAGGAAGCUUAGUUGUGAGAAUGAUAUUUCUUCCUUUUGAGGAAAGCGCUUAUGCGACAUUUGCUAAAUUUGCCUCAGGUGAGGUGCAGGUUUAUUGUAUGUUUGGCUCAUUAUGAUCAUUUAAAGUGGCUUGCUAUAGAUGAUGUAUAAGCAUGAAAUUGAGAUAUGAAAACAUAUUUAUUUACUAUAAUGGUUGAUAUCAUAUUGAGGGGCUUGAGUAAGAGUUCUAACCUUGACAAGAGGCUGAUCAUUUUCAUUAGUGAGUUUUUUUAGAUAUUUUAAUUUUUUUGUUAUAUUAGUGAAUAUGCAAUGAACCCGCAUCAAACAAGUAUGGUCAUAAUUAUUGUUUCUUAGUACAUUAUUUCUAUGUGCUAUUGGGCAUACUCAAUAUCUGGAAAAGUUCAUUUAUUUCCCAGGACCCUGUUUAGGUUCUGGCCGACCAUCGAUUAUUGGGAAAAUGCCUUUCUUUGUGAUGACGAGGAUCAUGUGAAAAUAGGUUUUGUUCUAUUCUGAGUCUCGAUAUGCAUCAGGAUCUGUUGAGUUGACCCAUUGUCAGACCAGGAUAAAUUUCACUCUGCCCUGCUUCGUACUGGCUUGAAGUGAGUCACAUGUGACCUAGGUGGUAUCAUACAAGUUGCAUGGUCCAGAGGAUCAGAUCUAAUUGUUGACUCGUAAGACUCAGAGAACUUGGACCGAUGCAAUUUGAUGUGACAUGGUUUUGAAGAUUUACCUAGUUCGUAUUUUUGUAUGUUAGUGAACUUCGAUAUAUAAUCCAGUUUUCCCCUUGAAACUAGAUUUUUAAGGUAUGAUUCCAAUCUGACCUCUAGUGUCCAGAUUGAUAUCAUUCAGGCAUUGGGUGGUAAAAACGAGCAGAAAACCAGGAUGGUCAAGGAUCAUAUGUAAAUCACAGAAUAUUCCUAAAUGAGGAUCAACUUGCAAGAAAUCUAUAUGAGGAUGUUCUCUGUUGAGAUAAUUAUGUCUCGGUAAAAUAAAUUAUCGUUGACUUUUGAAUUGGCUUAAGGUCCCUAGCAGUUCAUAUUUUCUUUUACACUGAGUGAUUAUAUCAGAGCACCAUAAUACCCUUGAGGAUUUAUGUGGUAAGCUCAGAGUCUAAAAGGGGCCGUCAGUGGGCACUAGAGGAAAUCUCAAUUUGUCUGAUAUCCUCGUGGGAUGAAUAGUCAUCUCCAACGGGAUCACAGUGGAAAUGUUUGGCAAUGACUAAAAAUAGUAGUAUAUAGAGAUGAUCAGCACUAUCUAGCAGAGAAAAAUAGAUGUCAUAAUUAGGGUUAUCAAGCCUCACUAGAUUCAAACAUGCGCUUGAUAUAUUGGCAUCAGAAAUACCAAACGAAUAUAAAUCUCCCAAGACAACUAUAAUAUUCAAAUAUGCUUUUGAUGUUCUGCCACUGGAAACACAACUAUUAAAAUUAAGAUAUAAAAUAUUGAGGGUUCCAAUGAAUUGAUUCAAAAAAGCAGUUAGAUGCUCAAGCGGUUGGCAAUUUCUUCUUUAAUAACAUGGGUUAGACGGUGCAUGUGACUCAGAACAUACGUUUCUGGUGAAAUAGCUGAACACAGUUAGAAUAUCCUCUAAACAUUUGAGAAACUUGAAAGAAUGAAAGGAUUAUGUCCGGGGCUGAAGAAAAGGUCUCAAAGGAACUUGGUGACUCCUUAAGUUGAAUUCGGGUAAUUUGUUUCCGUAUUUCCGUCAAGAUUAUUGUCUGAAGAAAUGAUUUUUUUCCCCUUUAUCGGCUGGUUGUUCACCAAACAGUUUUUGAUGCACUUUUUGACAGCGUUUAAAAUAUAAAACUAUUUGAUCAACUAUUUCCAGAUUUGGAGAAGUUUGCUGCUCAGUAAUUGGUGUCUCUAUUUGGAAUGAUUCUGGUUCAUAUUUUUUUAAAAAAUUGUUUUUUUUUGGGUAAAUUUUGUUCUUCCUUCUUCAAUCACUUGCCGUACUUCCUUGUUGAAACAUGUUCUUGUAGUUAUCUUCGUCAAUGCUGGGUUUGAUUGUGUUGUGGCAGGGCAAUCACCCAAUCGGGUUCUGAGAUUGGGAAAUGCUCUUGCAGAUGCCUUGAAGCUCAUCAUGUUGAUCGGUAUGCUUUACCAUUAAUCGUCACAUUCCCUAGCUUCAUAAAGUUUCAAGUUGCAAAGUUCCAUCUUCAUUUCUGAGAAGGUUGGAUGUGUAGCCCGAAAGUUAUUAAACGAUGCUUAUCUAUAAGUCUCAGAUGAUUGAACUGGAAUAGUACAACUUUUUAGAGGACGAGGGAUCCUAAACCUGGCUCCUCACUUCCUGACGUGAUCUCCCUUGGGACACCUUGGGAUGACAAAUUGGAGGCACGAAGAAAAUAACUUCGGAAAUUUACGGCCCUAAGGAACCCAGCUCUCUUAAAACAGUUGAAGAUCGACCCCUUAUGACACUCCGAAAGCCAUAAGAUCCUCCUCAUAUAAGAGAAGGAAAAACUGAGAAUGGUUUUAAUUUUUUUUGCUUAUUUAAACAGAUAAUCUGUGGGAGUUGACUGCAUUCUUUAUUGUUAGAGUAGUGCGACUUAAACUGCAUCUUUUUGUUCAGGUCUAGUGGUCAUUGCAUUUGGUCCAAGUUACUCAUAUGCCCUCAUAAGGAUACUCUAUGAGAGGAAGUGGAGCGAUGGAGAAGCCUCUACUGCCCUUCGUUAUUAUUGCCUUUAUGUGAUUCUUUUGGCUAUGAAUGGUGAGUGCGCUUCAUUCAGUAUUCAUGUCGCCUGAAGCUUUUAAUGGUCAUUUCUUUUCAGUUUUCAAAAUUUCCAAGCCGAAGUUCUGCCUGUUAUGCUCGGAUACCUACUUUCAGGGACCUCAGAAGCAUUCAUGCACGCAGUUGCCGACAAAAGUCAACUGAAGAAGUCAAAUAAUUCCUUGGUCGUUUUCUCCGUGAUCUACAUGCUCCUCAACGUUAGCUUGGUUCAGCAUGCAGGAGCUGCGGGGCUUAUUGCCGCUAACUCCAUAAGUAUCCUUUUCAAACUUUAGAAGUAUAAAUCUAUAACCAUACAAUGCGUAUUUUCAUUCCUUGGUGUGGUGAGCCGAGACCAUCGCCCAUCAUCAGGCCCUCUACACAUCUCAGAAACCUCCUCAACCUUAGCGUCACAAAAGGACCUAGCUGUAGGAAAAGAGAGAGAGAGAGAGAGAGAGAGAGAGACAGAGACAGAGACAGAGAGAUUGUACCUUUCUGAGUAUCUGAGUGCAAAACAUAUCCUCAUUUCUUUGAAAGUAAUCCGAGCGCACCACUAGAUAAACUUAUUAUGAGCCUAAUUCUAUGAAUAGAAUCAAGUGUGCUGCUAGUUCUCUUCUUGACUGUGCAUGAAAGAUAUGAUACUGCGAAUCAUCUACUCUGCAAUAUUCAUCAAGCGUUUUUUCCAGGUGGGUUAUUAACCACGCAGGGUCUCUUUUCCCUCUUGAGCACUAGAUAAAAUGGAGCUCACAUUCUGUGUUCUGACUGUCGACAGGGUUCUUCCUAUUUCUCUUUCCGUCGCUGCUUGCCAUCGGGUUGGCCAAUACUACUCGUCUCAGGUACCAUAACUCUGGCUUCCGAGAGACUCAUUCUGGAUCGAGAGAACUUCUGGCCGACCCUCCUCGUCCAUCUCUCCGUCGGGAUCACCUGCUUCUGCACGUCGAUCAUCUACAUGUAUGCCUCUCUCUCUCUCUCUCUCUCUCUCUCUCUCCAUUAGCUCUGCCAUACGUAUCCAGUCCUAGGCUUCAUUCUUCUAUCUUGCACUUCCUUGUCUAUCACGGGUGUUGUUUCUGUGCCUUUUGAUCCCUAUGAGAGCUGAAUAAUCUACAGUUUUUCCUUCUUUUUUUUUAACUGUAUAAUCAGAGAAAGGGAAUCUUCUUUCGCAUCUACAGAAGGGUUCUUGUUCUGCGGAUAGGGACUGCCAAUCUUCUCCCUGCCUAACUCUGCCAUUUAUAGCCAGUCUUAGGGCUUCCAUCUGCCUCAUCCUUAUCCCUUGCACUUUUAUUUUCUAUUAUGGGUGGUUGUUUCCUGAGCCUUCUGAUCCCCAAGAACUGGAUAAUCUUCAUGUUUUCCUGGUUCGGCUCACCCUCUGGAAGAUCUAAUUCAUCCUCCAUUGUUGUUGGCAGAUACCGCCGAGAGAAGCUCUUCCUCACCAAGAUCGCCCGUCCUAAUCAGCACACCGACUGA